GCAACGUCAGAAAUCGACCACCGCUGCGCACCCACAUCGACCUCCGACACAAAAAGUAGUUCGAUAAAUCCGCUAAGUCGAUGGGUAUUAGUACUGAGUUGGAAUACUGAAGCAUACUCACUCCAGGCCGUGUCAAGAGCGUGUCGGGGUCUCACGAAGGCGGGCAGGUGUCAUAUUUAGAUUUUCUCAGACUAUUCGUGGAUAGGAAUAUUUUACACUUGAAACAUCAUGGCUAGCGGGAUGGGGGCAGGCUAUAUGCUUGCCUCGUCAAAAAGCGCCUACCAUGACAGCUGUAUCCCAAAGGACAAGCUGCUGGCUAAACCUGCAUCCACUACCCGCAACUUCAGCGAGGGUGACUUCCGCAAGUGUGACAAGGUGACGCAGGACACCAUCUGGAAGGAGGGCGUCGUGUCUGAGAAACGAUGUCUCAAAAACUGGGAAGACAACUGGGGUUUCCUCACCGAAUUCGAUGCUAAGGGUCAGCAAAAAGAAAAGGAAGAGACUCCCGAAAAUCUAACCAUCUUUUCCGAUGAAAUACCUAACACGAAUUCCGGUAACUAUGGCAACCGUAUUGCCUCAGAGGUCGGCCAUACAAUGCAAAAGAUGGAACACAAGUUUUACAGUGACAACCGAAGAAAACGGAAGGAGGAACUUAUAUGCUACUAAACAUAGAACACUCGGCGCACUUCGGUAAUGUCCGGACACUUUACACAAUGCAUCGAAAAUGGAUGAUUUGCCCGCAGUACGUCAGAUACUUCUGAAGAAUUAUAUAUUUACAAAGUGAUAAUACAACUGUUACAUUAUGCCCACAACUAGACAGCUAAAUAAUACUGCUCCCUCCAAACAAAUAGCAUGGUGUUAAUCACAAAUUUCACCUGAUGCGUUUUCAUAAGGGACUCACUGUGAAAGUCGAGUGCUUAUUACCCAGGAGUUCUUGACCUGAGAGCCGGGCAUGCCAUCUGCAUCUUUCACGAACCUAUCUUAUCCUUUAUAUCCAUGUUCCAAUGUUAAAGCGUAUUGGUAGAUACGUCUACUUUCUCCAAAGCUACCUUGACAUUAGCGCAAAAGGUCCUGUGCAAAUUUGACAUGCUAAUUACUAAAGUAAUUAUUCUUUAACAUUCUUGUUACAUUUUAUGAUUUGUUUCGUGGUUGCGUUCUGUUUAGAUUUUAUCUUAUAUCAAAUCUUUAGCUAACUGAUGAUCCAGUUCCUGAUUUGUUUUUAUUAUAUGUAUUAAUUCAAAACCGUGAUUUUUGUUAAGGAACAAUAUGUCAAAUGAAUAACAAUAAGCUGAUUUGUGAUUGCUACAAGCGUUAAGGCAUGCGAGAAAAAGAAAAGAAAUGGCUGUGAAGGCAUCAAUUAAGGAUAUUAAGCCUCAGCUGGCUGGCUGAGUAUGGUUUACGCCGUUUUUAGCAAUAUUCCAGCAAUAUCACGGCGGGGGACACCAGAAAUGGGCUUCACAAGUUGUACCCAUGUGGGGAAUCGAACCCGGCCUUCGGCGUGACGAGCGAACGCUUUAACCACUAGGCUACCCCCACCGCCCUAAGCCUUAGCUGUUGGGCUUACAUACCAGAAUUGCUGUCUCAACGAACACCUGUAUUAAAGAUAUUGUUUUGUAUAUAUUUUUGUAUAUUCUGUAUUCACUGUAUAUUGUACAGUUUGAUUUAUGUUUGUACAUUAAUUUAUGAGAGAUUUCACAAACAAAGCUCAUUGCCGCUGUUUGUUAUGUAUGCUUUUUGAAUAUUUGUUUAAUGUUAUUAUUUUGUUCAGUGUUUGUUUUUAAUAAUAUACAUAGCAAAACCAAACCCCCAAACAUCAACCAUGAAAAUUAUAUUGAAGUCAUAUUUUCAGAACCGUAUGAUUAAUAAAUUGACAUUCCACAAAUA